AUGGAUCAGACCGAAUCUGCUAGUGGAGAUCAAAACAUGCUUCACAUCUUGGUGACAGGCGCAAAUAGCGGCCUCGGAUUCUCUAUCUGCUGCCGCCUCGCCGACGAAUUCCUCUCCAACCACCCAGCAACCGAAUCCCUCACCAUACUAUUCACCACGCGAAGCGCGCGCAAAGCCCAGGAAACCACCCGCAGACUAGAAUCCUACCUAAAAUCAAACGCCCCCUCCGCAUCCGCCGCAGCACGCGUACACUUCGUCCCCGAAAGCGUCGACCUCGGCGACCUACGCUCAGUCCGCGCCCUCUCCCGCAAACUCAUCCACACCCUCCCGCGCCUCGACGCCAUAGUCCUCAACGCCGGAAUAGGCGGCUGGUCAGGCAUCAACUGGCCCCAAGCCAUCUGGGACGUCUGCACCGACCUGCUGCACGCCGUAACCUGGCCUGCCUACAAGCUCGCGCCAACGGGCGUUCUAACCGGCAAACAAACCUCCACAGAAUCCGAGCCGCCACUAGGCGCGGUCUUCUGCGCAAAUGUCUUCGGCCACUACAUGCUCGCGCACAACGUCGCGCCGCUGCUGAAGCGCGCGCGCACGAAUGGCCCAGGGCGCGUGGUCUGGGUUUCCAGCCUUGAAGCAACGUGCAAGUUCUUCGAUGUCGAUGAUAUUCAGGGUUUGCGCACUAGUGCGCCCUACGAGUCUUCUAAGGCUCUGACGGAUGUCUUGGCGUUGACUUCUAAUCUGCCCAGUACGGCGCCUUGGGCUGUUGACAGCUUCUUGCAGUCGGAGACGGAGUUGGAUACACAUGCUAUUCAUGUGGAUGCACCUGCUGCGACUCCGCGCACGUAUCUUUCUCACCCUGGUAUUUGUGCUACGUCUAUUAUCCCGCUUAUUACGCCGCUGGCCUGGGCGAUGAUUGCAUCGUUUUGGAUUGCUAGGAUGCUUGGGUCGCCGUGGCAUGGGUUGUCUACCUACAUUGGUGCUUGUGCACCAGUGUUCCUUGCGCUGGCUUCGCAGGCUGAUCUUGAGGCUGCCGAAGAACCGUAUCGCAAGGCUGGCGGUGGUCGAGCGAAAUGGGGGUCGUCUUGUGGGCGCAAUGGGGUUGAGAGCGUGGUUUCUACUGAGGUUGACGGUUGGGGUCAUGGAGGCGUUGUUGGGACGCCGGUUGUCGAGGCGGAUCGGCUUCGACGCCGUAAGCGAGGUGCGGAGGAUCUCACCAAGGAAAAGAGAGAAGAGUUCGAGGAGCUUGGACGCCAGUGCUGGAAGAGGAUGGAGGAGUUGAGGAUUCAAUGGGAUGAGAUCUUGGAUCAAGCUGAAGCUCGUUCCAAAUGA